UUUUUGCUCCCUUGUAUUUUUACUAUAAAAACAUUGUGUUUUGUAUUAAAUAUUUUGUGUUUUUGUAUUUUAGUUUUUCUUUUAAAGUGUAUUUUUGCCUAUGUAUUUUACUUGUGUUUUUCCAAGUUUAUUUUUCUUUCUUUGUUUUUAGAUAAUACUACCUAUUUCUCUCUAAACAAUUAUCAAAACAAUGGGUAAUGGUCAUUCUCAAAAUUAUGGAUAUUAUGGACAGCCCUAUGGUCCUUAUGGUCAUACUCCUCAUGCUCAAUUUUAUGGACCUGAUCCACAACAAGUGCAUUGCCCAAAAUGUAAACAAACUACAACAAGUGAACUUAAAUUUGUUUUUGGUGUGUGUACAUGGUUCUACUUAAUUUUUCAUCUUGUCUUUGUAAUUUUAACUGUUGUGGCUAUCGUCAAAAAAUGUUUUAUUGCAAAACAUGAUGACUGUGUUAAACUUUUUUUAGUCUUAGGCGGUCUACUACUCCUUUGGCCUCUUAUCUUCUGUAAUUGUUGUAGUGAUGCUAAACAUUAUUGUGGUGUUUGUGAUACUUAUAUUGGCAGAUAUGAACGUUUCGGUGGAAGGCCUGUAGUUGUAUUACCACCAGAAUGUCAUAAACAUCAAAUAGAGCACCAAAAGGAUGAUAAGUAGAAAAAUGAAGAAUAAUAUUAGUGUAUAAAAAUAAUGUUGUCUUGAUGUAAAUUUAUAUUUGUGUUUUCCGGAAAUGUUUAAAAAGUUUAAUUCUGAAAAAUCAGAAUUUUUAUAA